UGCUUUGCAAGCUCUAAGAGAGAAACAAUAAAUAGUCCUGUUUAGCGGUAUACCCGUGAACCACGCAAUGACCAUUAUGGUAUGAUGCCUCUAAAAUUGCCACACUGCCUCUCAUAUCUUCACCUUAGCAGCAGCUGUCUAAUGGAACUUAGAGGGGACAGGAGGACAUACAUAAUGCUAGCUAACACAUAGACAGGAAGUGAAAUGGCUGGGUGGAGACAGGAAGUGAGAUAGCUGGGUAGAGAAAAUAUAGGUGAAAGGAAACAGGAACUCGAUAUCUUUUCAGCUGGGAAAUUAGCAUGGAAAUGCUGUCCUUCUGGGAUGUGGCCAUUGAGUUCUCUCCAGAAGAGAGGGAAUACCUGGAGCCUGCUCAGUGGAAUCUGUACAGGGAUGUAAUGUUGGAGAAUUACAGCCACCUUGAUUUCCUGGGUCUUGCUGUCCCUAAGCCACACCUGGUAACAUUUCUGGAACAAAGACAAGAGAUUUCAGAUGUGAAGAGACAAACAGCAGCCACCAUGCACCCAGGAACAACAACCAAUGAUUAUAAUGUUUACGACAAGGCCACUGAUUGUAACUCACUAAGUAUUCAAAAACAGAAAUUUCAUACAAGGAAGAAAACUUACAAGUGUGAAGAAUGUGAUAAGGCCCUUAGUUCUUAUAGAACACUUUCUAUACACCAGAGACUUCACACUGGAGAAAAACCCUACACAUGUAAAGAAUGUCAUAAGGCCUUCAAUACACGCUCAUCACUUUUUAUACACCAGAAAAAUCAUACUGCUGAAAAACCCUACAAGUGUGAAGAAUGUGGCAAAUCAUUUUACUAUCCUUCAAUGCUGAGGCAACAUCAAAGAACUCAUUCUGGAGAGAAACCCUGCAAGUGUGAAGAGUGUGGCCGGUGCUUUUCCUCGUUUUCAUACCUUAGACAGCAUGAAGCGAUUCACACUGGAGAGGGACCAUACAGGUGUGAGGACUGUCACAAAGCCUUUCAUUUUUACUCAUCCCUUAAGAGCCACAAGGCAGUGCAUAGUGAAGAGAAACUCAACAAGCGUGAACUGACAGGCAGAGGACUUACUAAGCCUGCUCUCGUCAGUGGGAACAAGGCAGCUCAUACCGCAGAGAAAGCCAACAAGUGUGAGGAGUGUGGCAAGUGUUUUGCAUCGUCUGCAUCCCUUAGGCAACAUCAAACCAUCCAUUCUGAAGACAAUCCCUACAAGUGUGCAGAGUGUGGUAAGAGGUUUUCCUCCUUUGCACACCAACAACAACAUCAGACAGUCCAUACGGGAGAGAAACCAUACAAGUGUGAGGAGUGUGGCAAAUGUUUUGGCUCAGCCUCAUCCCUUAAACGACAUCAACCAAUCCAUUCUGAAGACAGUCCCUACAAGUGUGCAGAGUGUGGCAAAAAUCUUUCCUGUUUUGCAAACCUUCAGGAACAUCAGAUAGUCCAUACUGGAGUGAAAUCAUACAAGUGUGAGGAGUGUGGCAAAUGUUUUUACUUAUCAUCAUCCCUUCAGCGACAUCAAAAAAUUCACUGUGAAGACAAUCCCUACAAGUGUCAAGAGUGUGGCAGGUGUUUUUACUCAUCUGUGCCCCUUAGAAGACAUCAAACCAUCCAUUCUGAAGACAAUCCUUAUACUUGUGAUGACUGUGGCAAACGGUUUUGCUAUUCUAGGGAUCUUCAGGAACAUCGGACAAUUCACACUGGAGAGAAACCAUACAAGUGUGACGAGUGUCACAAAGCCUUUCAUUAUCACUCAUCCCUUAGGAAACACAAGAAAGUUCAUACUGGAGAGAGACCCUAGCAGUAUGAAGAGUGUGACAGAUGUUUUUCCUCAUCUUCUUCCCUUAGACAACAUUAAACAAAAGAAAAUUUAUUCUAAAGACAAUCCCUAAAAGUGUGGGGAAUGUGGCAAAACUUUAUUAAUCUUUAUGUCCUUAUUCAACAUGUGAUAUAGUUUCUACAGGAGGGAAAUCCUACAAAUGUCCUAAAAUGUUUACUUCUUCAACCCUUAAAAUACACCAAAUGAUUCAUUCUGACUACAAACUUAUGAGUGUGUAAAUUGUGGUAAAAAUCUUUGCCAACUAUUUAGAUCUUAUCCAACUCAAAUGAAUCCAUAGUGGAGAAUAUUAAGUUCAUUAUUUUGCAAUGUCAACACAAACAUCUCACCUACAACAGCACAAAUGCUAAGAAUGUCAUCAGAGAACAGUAGAAACUUCUCUUUGCUAUAACCCCCAACAGUUUGUUCAAGCACUGUGUUUGAAACUUGCCAUGAUUAAUGAGUUUUUUUCUUCUGUAACUAUAAAUGUUCCAUGAAACAUU